GGUGGAAUGCCCUUGGUUUAAAUUGUCAAUUUCUUGCAUUGGAAGUUACAUAAUUGGAAGCCGCCCUUUCCAAUUUGAGAAACUUGAUUCAAGGGUUUCAGGAUCCUUUUUCCAUAUUUUGGCCACCACCCCACACUAGAAAGUUGCCACAAAGUGUCUAAGCAAGCAAUGUAAUUUUCCAUAUAAUUAGUUUUUCAUCAACGUGUGAUGCGUUUCUACUCAUUAUGAUGAGUUAUAAUGAGUUUUUCAUCAACGUGGAUAUGAAAUUGUUCAAAAAAUUUACAAUUUACAUGUGACGCAUUAAUUUAUAAUAGUGUGUAAUAUUGGCUAAUCUCCCAAUUUGCUUUAAUAAUGAUUGAGAUUCUUUUAAUGGUGUCAAUAAGCCUGAGUAAAACACAUGCAAAACAAGCACUUGCCUUCCUUUCAUGAUGACCAUAAUCUCUCUUUAAGUUUUUAUCUUGUGUUAGCGUAUGUAUGUUCCUAAGUUCAAAUCUUCCAAUUUCCUCUUUAGCAUUAUCUUUUCAGCACCAUUACUAUUAAAGCAGGAAGGUGUAAUCAUCAUCACAUGAACAAGCAUCACUCUAGACCCAUACAUUCCUUACCUCCUACGUCAAUCAUCACUCUCCCCUAAACGUUAAUUGAAAAAAAAAAAAAAAAAACUAUAUAUCAUCCACAUCACUCCCUCUCUACUUUCCUCCAAAUUAACAAACAUACAAAAACUUCAACAAACAUCUAAUCCAUUUAGUAUGGGAAUUAGACCUCUCUCAUUUUGGCUCCUUGCCUCUGCCAUUGCUCUACUUUCAAUUUUACUUUCUCUCUAUGCAAUCCCUUCUUCCCCUUCAACAAACGCUUCUGUAAGUAUCCAAGAUGCUUUCCAACUUGCCAUUCUCAAAAGGGUUAUCAAGAAAAGUGGUUUACAGGAGGUUUUACAAUUGAUCUUGUCUAGACACCACCACCACCGAAGGAGGCCUAAGGUCAAAUGUGACAAGAAUUCAUGGAGGUCUAGGCUUAUAUACCGAUUCAAAAAGCUAAUAUACUGUUAUAAAGUAUCAUAUAUAUUGACAGUAGACUUAAAAGGUUGUGGGAAUUUUAGCAGUAUUCAGAAGGCCAUUGAUGUUGUCCCAGAUUUUAGUCCAUCCCCAACACUCAUCAUAAUUGAUUCUGGUACUUACAGGGAGAAGGUGGUAGUGCAUACUAGCAAAACAAACAUAAUACUUCAAGGCCAAAGUUAUAUGAACACUGCCAUAGAGUGGAAUGAUACUGCAAAUUCUACUGGAGGAACUGUUUAUAGUGCUUCAGUUGCCAUCUUUGCACCUAACUUCACAGCUUACAAUAUUAGCUUUAAGAAUACAGCUCCUAAUCCAUCUCCAGGAGAAGUUGGGGGGCAGGCAGUCGCAAUUAGAGUAGGAGGUGAUCAAGCUGCAUUCUAUGGGUGUGGAUUCUAUGGAGCCCAAGACACCCUUAAUGAUGAUCAUGGAAGGCAUUAUUUUAAAGAAUGUUACAUCCAAGGAUCUAUUGAUUUCAUAUUUGGAAAUGCUAGAUCUCUUUUUGAGGGUUGCAUAAUAAAUUCCAUAGCAAAGCCUACUAGAGGGGGAGUGAGUGGAUCAAUUACAGCUCAAGCAAGGCAAUCAAUGAGCGAGCAAACUGGGUUUUCCUUUGUGAGUUGCAGCAUAAGGGGAACAGGGAAAGUAUGGCUUGGAAGAGCAUGGGGUGCCUAUGCAACAGUAGUCUUCUCUAAAACUUACAUGUCCAAUGCUAUAUCUUCAGAUGGAUGGAAUGAUUGGAGAGACCCUUCUAGAGACCAGACAGUGUUCUUUGGGGAGUAUGGGUGUUAUGGACCUGGAGCUAACUACAUAUAUAGAGUGCCUUAUGCCAAGCAGUUAAGUCAAUAUGAAGCAGCUACUUACAUGGAUAUUUCAUACAUAGAUGGAAAUCACUGGCUUCAUAAUUAUCAAAAAUCUGUGCACAACUUUCCUGAUAAUGAUGAUGAUGAUGAUAGGCUUGUAGAAUUCAUACAGGCUUACUGAUAUAUAUGUAUGUUUAUUGUGUAGUUAAUCAAUGAUUCAUGUUAGAGAUAUAGAGAGAGAGAGAGACAUUAAUUUGACAUGAUGACAAUAAAAAAAGAAGGAAGGGUGAAAUUACUGUUACAUUACCCCAAGUCUUUGUUUCUUUUCAUGUUAGUUUUAGGAGUAAAGGAUAAUAAUAAAAACUUGCAAAUAAAGGAAUUUGCCAUUGACGAGGA